CAAAUGGAAUGGAAUUAUGGUAUAUUUCGCAUGUUUUUGGUGGCGUAUCUUUCUAAUUUUUUCAUAAAAUCCGCUUGAUUUUUGGAUUUUAUAAUAAUAUUGCCAUGGCUGAUAACCCGAGCAGCGACGGCCUUUCCGAGGCAGAAAGAUUGAGAGAAGAAGAAUUGGCGCGAGAAUUAGAUCAUAGUGACUCUAAUGAAGAGGACUCUCAAGAAAUAUCUCUUGAAAUAGAAGAGAAAUUGCUGAAAGAUGAACCUGAAUAUACAACAUUGACAAACUAUGGUGAGAGUGAGCAGACAACUAACAUAGAAAGUGAGGUAAUUGAAACAUAUUCGGACAGUUCAUUGAAUGUAGAAAUGGUACAUAAAGCUGAUGAACUUGGUAACAUUUAUACUGAAAGUUCAGACAACUUUUUGAGCUCACAACCAGAUACCCUCACUGAUGUCACUGACCAGUAUGAACCUUAUAUGAAUGAAUAUGCAUUUGACACAACACAAUUAGAUCAAACAGAACCAAGUACUAAUGGUAUCAAAGUAAAUUCAGAAACAAAUGCAGAUUCUGUUGUUGUGCCUGAUGUCAAUGAGUUUCAACAAAGUGAGAUGGACUCUGGUAAUAAUUAUGAAUCUCAAAUGACAGAGGAAAUGCUAAUGAGUGAGAGAGAAAGGGAAAAGAAGAGUAAAAAGGAACUAGAGGAAGAGGAACGGGAAAAGAUGCAGGUCCUAGUAUCAAACUUUACAGAGGAACAGCUAAACAGAUAUGAGAUGUAUCGUCGCGCUGCAUUUCCUAAGGCAGCAGUUAAACGACUAAUGCAGACAAUCACUGGGUGCUCUGUCGGACAGAAUGUAGUCAUUGCCAUGUCUGGUAUUGCUAAAGUUUUUGUUGGUGAGGUUGUUGAAGAAGCUCUUGAUGUUCUGGACAAGUCUGGUGAAGCAGGUCCGUUGCAGCCCAAACACCUGAGAGAGGCCUUGAGGCGACUUAGAAUGCGUGGCACCAUCCCCACAAGAAAAGCUCAUAGGAGCAUGUUUAGACUAUAGCGGUUGUGUCCACAGUGCCCUACGUCGUACUAUUGCCUUAUCUAUAGCUAUUUACCUAGUAUUCUUGUUCUAGUGUGUUUAUAAUGUACAGAAAAUAAUGUAAGAAAAACCUACUCUUAAGUCUUUAGUCGUAGGAAGUGAUGUUUUAAUCAUUGUUGUAUUUCUUAUCAUAAUAUACAAAGUUGAAGAUUA